CUCCUCUCUCUCUCUGUCUCUCUCUCUCUCAUCUAAGUGUAUUGUUAUUAUUUAUAAAAGCGCGAUCGAAACACCGAACGAGGGUUUGGUCUCGGGCGCACCACCACCUCCACCACCACCUCCUCAACUCUUCCUCCCCAAAACCAGACACGCAUAGAGUAGAGAGAGAGAGGGAAGAGAGAGAGAGAAUUUUUGGAGGGGAGAGGGCAUCACAGGAGUAAGAUGAGCGUGGAUCCGGUGUCCAACUCCCAUGGCAACCUCGACGCCCAGAUUUCGCAGCUCAUGCAGUGCAAGCCUCUCUCAGAGCAAGAGGUAAGAGUGUUAUGUGAAAAGGCCAAGGAGAUAUUGAUGGAAGAAAGCAAUGUCCAGCCAGUGAAAAGCCCGGUAACUAUAUGCGGUGACAUUCAUGGCCAGUUUCAUGAUCUUGCAGAACUUUUUCGUAUUGGAGGGAAGUGUCCAGAUACAAAUUACCUUUUUAUGGGCGAUUAUGUGGAUCGUGGGUAUUAUUCAGUGGAGACUGUAACGUUAUUAGUGGCCCUUAAGGUGCGUUAUUCUCAUCGGAUCACUAUACUUAGAGGGAAUCAUGAGAGUCGCCAGAUUACUCAAGUUUAUGGAUUUUAUGAUGAAUGCCUAAGGAAGUAUGGGAAUGCAAAUGUCUGGAAGAUUUUCACUGACCUUUUUGACUACUUCCCUUUAACAGCCCUGGUUGAAUCUGAGAUAUUUUGCUUGCACGGUGGUUUAUCGCCGUCCAUUGAGACCCUUGAUAACAUAAGGAACUUUGAUCGUGUUCAAGAAGUGCCCCAUGAAGGCCCCAUGUGUGAUCUCUUAUGGUCUGAUCCCGAUGAUCGCUGUGGGUGGGGCAUCUCUCCUCGUGGAGCUGGCUAUACCUUUGGCCAGGAUAUCUCUGAGCAAUUCAAUCAUACCAACAACCUGAAGCUGAUCGCCAGAGCUCAUCAGCUUGUUAUGGAAGGGUUCAAUUGGGGCCAUGAACAAAAGGUUGUAACCAUAUUUAGUGCACCAAAUUAUUGCUACCGUUGUGGGAACAUGGCAUCCAUCUUGGAAGUUGACGACUGCAAGGGGCAUACAUUCAUUCAGUUUGAACCAGCUCCAAGGCGUGGAGAGCCAGAUGUGACCCGGAGAACGCCGGAUUACUUCUUAUGAAGAAGCCAGGUUAAGGGAUGUUGGUCUUGCUGAUUUUCUCAUAGCAAGUGUUGUUCGAUGCUGGGGAAUUCAGGUAAUAUUUGAGAUAGGUCAUCUAAGUAUUGGAUUUACAUUUAUGAAUUCUCGAGCCAUUUGUUGGGCUUUUUGGGUGGGGCGGGAGAAAGCAUGUAACAUGGGCAGAUUUUUAGGGAGGCUCCUCCAUUUAUUUGCAGUCAAAACUUUAGUCCUCUGGGUGGGGAGCUGCUGAGAGUAAGGGGUGCAUCAGCAUGUAUCAUUUCUAUGAAACUUACUUCUUUUGUGUUUGUAGAGGGAGGAAUUAUAUUUUUUUGUUAAAUUUCUGUCUUCUUUCUCUUGUUUCUAUUAACAGGCUAAUUCGAGUGUUUAUUUAAGUGAUAGCCUUUCUCUUGCCUUCCGAUUCUUCCUGUAACCGUAGAUUACUUUUAAUGCUUUUCUCAUCUUCAACACAGUCAGCUGUAUGUGCAUUGGCAAUAUUAUUGGGAUUUUCUUAA